ACUGGGCGUGGUCUCCGUGAUGUCAGGAGGUGGGCGGGGAUUCCCGGCUUGGUGAUGGCGGCUCCCGCCGGGAGAAGGAGCUGACAAGAUUAAAGGGACUCGGUGGGACUUCUCGUAUUGAAGGAUCGUUCCCAUAAUUUGAUACUUGGGACAUCCUCUAAUAAACUGCCUUCUUAAGAAAACUCUUCAAGCAAAUGAAAGUAAAACUACAUUUUUACAUGGUUGUAUCUCAAAAAGUAACCAAUCAAGCGCCAAACUAUAAAUUGUAUAAAUGGCAAUUUAAUUCAUGAAUAUUUAAAUCUGAUGAAUAGAAUCUUGAUGUGGCAAGUGUAAAGAAAUCUAUGCAAUGAAUGACGCAUGUUACCUGCUUAAGGGAUCUCCAGAGAUGUGAACCAGCCCAUUUUCUGGAUUAUUUAUUUUUUAUUUUUAUAACCAGGUGUGAUUAAUGGUUACUCGCACAAGAUUCUGCAUCUUCUGAUUUUAGGCUGAUACCCACUAGUGGAAAGAGCACCAAAUCUUAUUGCUAUUUGAAGAAAAAACAACCCACCCCCUCCCCAGUUCUCAUAAUAAACUUUAUAAAUAAGUGUUCACCAUUUACCUACUCAAAAAAGAACUCAAUAAAAAAUCAUUUGAAAUUCUGAGCUUUUAAAGUGUCAUUAACAGAAGAAUCCAACUAUUGUAAUACAUCAUAUGUUUGUGAAAAAAAUUGAGCACAAAGCAACGUGGAAAUCUCCUUUUUGGAUAUAGAAUCUGCUGAUUUUCAACUAUAACUUCCAGACGGUUGUUCAAUUUCAUUUAACUUGUAUAUCUUGACACUGAGGCAGACAAAAAAGGAUUUGAAAAGAAGUUAAAUAUCACAACGGUUAAGGAGAGUUCAAUACUUUAAAUUUUCAUUUUGUUAUGAAAUUAAACCUUGUUGCAUUGCAAGCAUUUUUUUUUCUGGAGACAAAGAAGUUUUGCUGUUAUGUUAGUUUGAUUUUUUUUAUAUUUGCAGAGAAAUUACACCUUGGUGCAACAUACUCCCAAAGUAAAUACGUUUUUACUGCCUGGUGAUGCAGUAUGUUUACUUAUUUGCACCAAACUCCUGGCAAAAUUCUGCAGCUGGGGCAAAUCCUCUUAAAGGGUUAAAACAUCUUUGAAAUUUGAGAAGUCAUAAAAGCACUGCUUAUUAUAAUAUAAUUUCCUUUAUGAAGAGGAUGAAUUAAAUACAGGUUUUCAAUUCAGAUUCAUUCAUUAAAUAGUCUAAUUAUGCACACACAAAAAAUACAGAAAGCAGUAUUUUAUUACAAAGGGGACAUUUCUGGGAGCAAGUCCCCUUCAUUAGACUAAAAUAGAGUGCUGGAAAUUUCCACUAGUCGUGGUUUUCUGAUCCAUCUACAAGUGACAGUAAAUUGUUAUCAAGAUGGCGGGAGCCUCAGUAAAGGUGGCUGUCCGGGUCCGGCCAUUUAACACAAGAGAAAUCACACAUGAUGCCAAAUGUGUCAUCCAGAUGCAAGGAAACACAACCUGUAUUUCCAAUCCCAAGCAACAAAAAGAUUCAGCCAAGAAUUUUACCUUUGAUUAUUCUUACUGGUCACACACUACUGAAGAAGACCCAAACUUUGCUUCACAACAACAGGUGUACAAGGAUAUAGGGGAGGAAAUGCUGCUGCACGCUUUUGAGGGUUAUAACGUCUGUAUAUUUGCUUAUGGUCAGACUGGUGCUGGUAAAUCUUAUACCAUGAUGGGCAAACCAGAACCUGGGCAGCAUGGCAUCAUCCCACAGCUAUGUGAAGAUUUAUUUGCCAGAGUCGCUAGCAGCAAGAGCCCGGACCUCUCCUACUCCGUGGAGGUAAGCUACAUGGAGAUUUACUGUGAGCGGGUCCGUGAUCUUCUUAACCCUAAAAGUAAAGGAAACCUGCGUGUGAGGGAGCACCCAAUUAUGGGGCCAUAUGUGGAAGACCUGUCUAAAUUAGCUGUGACCUCUUACCCUGACAUUGCAGACCUCAUGGACUGUGGAAACAAGGCUAGGACUGUUGCUGCCACUAAUAUGAAUGAGACAAGCAGUCGAUCUCAUGCUGUCUUCACCAUUGUGUUCACGCAGAAGAGACAUGAUGAAAUGACUGAUCUGGAUACAGAAAAGGUCAGUAAAAUCAGCCUUGUGGAUCUGGCUGGCAGUGAAAGAGCAGAUUCCUCAGGUGCUAAAGGAAUGCGACUCAAGGAAGGAGCAAACAUCAAUAAGUCUCUAACCACUCUUGGGAAGGUCAUUUCUGCAUUGGCUGAAAUGCAAACAAAGAAGAAGAAAUCCGAUUUUAUCCCAUAUCGUGACUCAGCCCUCACCUGGCUCUUAAAGGAGAAUUUAGGCGGUAACUCCCGUACUGCAAUGAUCGCUGCUCUAAGCCCAGCUGAUAUAAAUUAUGAGGAGACUCUCAGCACCCUCAGGUAUGCAGACCGUGCAAAACAAAUUAAGUGUAAUGCAGUUAUUAAUGAGGAUCCGAAUGCAAGGCUAAUUCGGGAACUGAAGGAGGAAGUGGCCAGACUGAGACAGAUCCUAUUCAGCCAGGGUCUGGCAGACCUCACUUUAGACGAGAGUGUGAGUGCUCCCCACUCUGCACUCCCACCACCAACCAUAGCUGCACCCGCAGAAACGGCAUCCUCACCCUCCUUAUGUCCCCCAGUUAUGAAUGGCCAAUCGGAGUCUUUACCUGUAGAAGAGGCUGAGGGAGAGAUAUGUACUGAAGAAGCAAUUGAGAGGCUUCAGGAGACUGAAAAAAUGAUUGCAGAGCUGAAUGAGACCUGGGAAGAGAAACUGCGAAAAACAGAGACCAUCAGAAUGGAGAGAGAAUCCCUGUUAGCAGAGAUUGGUGUAGCUGUAAGAGAAGAUGGGGGCACAGUCGGGGUCUUUUCUCCUAAAAAUAUUCCUCACUUGGUGAACCUGAAUGAAGAUCCACUGAUGUCAGAAUGUUUGCUGUAUCAUAUUAAAGAGGGUGUCACAAGGGUUGGUCAGGUGGAUGUUGAUAUUAAGCUGAGUGGUCAGUUUAUCAAGGAGCAACAUUGCUUGUUUCAUUGCAACACCAAUGCUAAUGGAGAAGUAAUAGUCACCCUGGAGUCUUGUGAAGGAGCAGAGACAUAUGUCAAUGGCAAACAAGUCACGCAGACACUGGUGUUAAAAUCUGGUACUAGGAUCGUUAUGGGGAAGAAUCAUGUAUUCCGUUUUAAUCAUCCUGAGCAAGCACGUCUAGAGCGGGAAAGGAGCAGUGCUGCAGGGGAGAAUCAGGCAGAAACUGUUGACUGGAAUUUUGCACAGCGUGAACUUCUGGAAAAGCAGGGGAUUGAUAUCAAACUGGAGAUGGAAAAGAGGUUGCAGGAUCUGGAGCAUCAAUAUAAGAAAGAGAAGGAGGAAGCUGACCUCACGUUGGAACAGCAGAGACUUUAUGGUGACUCAGACAGUGGGGAUGACUCAGAUAAGCGUUCCUGUGAGGAGAGCUGGCGUCUCAUAUCCUCUUUGCGGGAGAAGGUCCCUGCAGGUCGGGUUCAAAGUAUUGUUCGCCGUUGCGGUCUCCCAAGCAGUGGCAAGCGGCGGGAGCCUAUACGCGUCUACCAGAUACCCCAGCGGAGACGACUUGCCAAAGAUCCACGUUGGGCUACACUUGCAGAUCUGAAGAUGCAGGCGGUGAAAGAAAUUUGCUAUGAGGUGGCUCUUAAUGACUUCAAACAUAGCAGACAGGAGAUUGAAGCUAUGGCUGUCAUCAAAAUGAAGGAGUUGUGCCGCAUUUACGGCAAACCUGAUGGUAAUGAGAAGGAGUGGUGGAAAGCAGUGGCCCGGGAUGUCUGGGACACAGUAGGUGUGGGAGAAGAUGAUGGAAGUGGAAAAGGAGGAGGUGGGGUGCAGGAUUUGAAGGCACAUAUUGACAAGCUGACCGACAUCCUCCAAGAAGUAAAAUUACAGAACAAUAUGAAGGAUGAGGAAAUUCGAGCGCUAAGGGAUAGGAUGAUGAAGAUGGAGCGUGUGAUGCCUGUGACACAGGAUGAUGGUGCUGAGGAUUAUCCAGAUGACCAGUCCUUUUCAUGGUACCCCAAAAAUGAGAUUGAUUCCCUGGAAACCAGUAGAAAUGGAGAUUCCCCAGAUCAGUCCUCCAAAGAGCCUUGUGUUUCCCAAAUAAUGGAGGAGGAUGCUGUAUUUCGUCGUGGUAGGAUGCGUUGGAUAAAGCAGGAGCAAACAAGAAUUCAGAACCUUCAACAACAACAAAUAACUCGUGGUUUCAGACGGCCACCAGGAUCUGGUAGAUUUAUCCCGCCAUUAGACUGCAAGCUUCGCUUUCCCUUUAAAAGCAACCCACAACAUCGCUUUUCAUGGGCACCUGGUACCACAUAUGUUGUAGAAGAUUUAGUAUCUGGUGGGAUAACAGGGAGAAAAUUUGAUGAAGAAGUUGAAAGACAGAAUGAUCGUAGAGAAAGACGCCACGAGGAGGGUGACCAUAGCAGACAGAGAAGGAACUCAUUAGAUGGAGGUUCAACCAGAGGAAAGAGGAUACAACACAGGCACAAUCGUCAGUAUGGAGAUGAUCGACAACAGCAAGUAAAGGGAAUGAAGGGCAGGGAAGGUUAUGUGGAAGGUCGACAGAUAAAUCACCCACAGUCUCCACAGGAGAGGCCGUAUAAAUACCAUCCAUAUACAGCACCCCCAAGGAUGCGUCGCCAGAACUCUGCCCCGGAUUUGAGGGAUAGUGAAACACCUGUGUGAAAAGUGGGAGGUGUUGGGAAAAGGAUGCAUUAUGGUUAAAGUUAGGUAAUGAAUGUAAGAAUAAAAGUAUGAGAAUGGUUAAAAAAUAAAACAAGGCACUGAGGUAAGGAAAAAAAUAAUGGAAGGGAGCAUAUGGCUCCUCUCUGCAAGAGUGGAGAUGAGAAUGAAAGCAGAAAGUUAAUAAAAUGAAGAAAGGAAAUGAACGUAGCAUUCAUAAUUUAAGAAGGUAUUACAAGAUUUUAAGACUGAGAUUGAAGUAAUUCUACAAUUUAACAUUUUUUUUUGCUAUUGAAUAUUUUCAAACUUGUUUUUUCGCUCACUGAGCUGAUAAUUCUCAGCAGUAUCUUCCUUACCGAGCUUGUUCUGUAUUAAAUAGCUGCUAUUGGAGGAUUUUAAAUCUUCAUACUCGGAAUAGGAAAAGUUGUCUUGAACACUAGAGGAAAACCACUGACACUUUAUUUAGCUUGGACUUAACAAAACAAUAAAGCAUAUUUACAAUCGCAGUUUCCCGGGAAGCUGAAUUCAUCAGUCUGGAAGAACUUUAAAGUAGUUGUGAAAACAUGGUGGUAGUUUGAAAUAUUGGGCUGGAAUGCAGUUAAUGCUCUGCUGAUCUGUUCAGUUAUUCUUAAUGAUUUCCCAGAGUAAUGUGUGGAUGUCUAUAUUUUGCAAUCACAAAAUAUAAUGGUGGAACUGCAGGGGUGCCCCACAGUGCCUUACAAUGGAACAAUUUAAAGAAAAUAUAAGUAUAUAUUUUGUUGUGUA